AUUUUAAAAGCGGAAAGCCCAAGUUUCAAAGCUAAUUCCAAAAAGAGAUAAGAAGUUCACAGUCCUCCUCGCGUAUUUGUCAACCGGCAGACGAGUAGCGACGCUUCAGUGGCCGUUCGAUUCAACACUCCGGCUACCUCCGCUAGCUUCGGACGACCUCCGAUGACUCCAUACUCAAUCUGAAGGUAAUUUAAAGGUCUGAACAAUUUACUUGAAUAUGAUUUUAAGCGGAUGCUCCCCGUUCUGUGGGAGUGUUGCUCUGAAUUAUAGGACAUGUAACUCCAUGUCUUAUUAUUCAGCUUCCCAUGUCCCUUGUUUGCCUGCCAAAGUUCCAUCCUCUAGCAUCAGGAGUUCAUGGGGACCUCGUCAAGAAUUAAAAUCCUUAUCUUUUGGAGGACCGUCACUUCUGCGUCUUUCUGCUGCGUCAACGCCACUUUUAAGUGGUGAUCAUGGUGGCUUGUCGGAUAGAAUACCCAUGCUACCCAGGCGGCGGAGGUCGUUUAUGUCCCCAAGAGCGUCGAAGGAUGUCCCUUACAGUUUCCGGUACCCUGCAAUGACCAAGAAGCCAAGAUGGUGGUGGAGGACUUUAGCGUGCCUGCCAUAUUUAAUGCCCCUCCACGAGACAUGGAUGUAUGCUGAGACGGCAUAUCAUCUCCAUCCAUUCUUGGAGGACUUAGAAUUCUUGACAUACCCUUUCCUGGAAGCUCUUGGUAGAUUGCCGAGCUGGUUCUUAAUGGCAUAUUUCUUUAUUGCGUAUCUUGGAGUGGUGAGGAAAAAGGAAUGGCCUCACUUCUUUAGGUUUCAUGUGGUGAUGGGCAUGCUACUGGAGAUUGCCUUGCAGGUGAUAGGGACUGUAAGCCGUUGGAUGCCACUUGCUGUAUAUUGGGGUAAGGUUGGUAUGCAUUUUUGGACUGCUGUUGCAUUUGCUUACCUUUUCACGGUUCUGGAGUGCAUAAGGUGCGCUCUUGCUGGCAUGUAUGCCGACAUUCCAUUUGUGUGCGAUGCAGCAUAUAUUCAAAUCCCUUAUGAUUAAGGAGGGUAUGUAUUGGGGAUGCAGAUGACUCGUGUUGUCUUUUUUAGGAUAUGUUGUUGAUUCCUUAGUGUUCUUUAAAUUUGUUCAUUUUAAUGCUUGAAUACAAAGAUGAGAUCGAACUCAAUUUGUUCUAUUCAAUGAGCCAAGUCGAUCCAAGCUCGAACA